UCGAUUAGAUCAUUAUUAUUUGUCAAUGUUUUUGUUGUUUUCAUCAUCUGGAUUGAUGGCAAAAUUUCUACACGAAUGGAUUUCUGUUGGGAAAAGAUACGUGUGACAAAAUUUUUUCAUUUUCAUGAUCAAAUAUUUUUCACUACAAAUAGUUUACAUUUUUAUGAUAAUUUUCGUUUAUUCAAUAUAACGAAUGGACGUUUAUCAGCAGAAUUUCAGAUACCUAAUUUUGGUUCAACAACAAAUGAUGAUAAUAAUCAACAACAAUUAAGAAUAUUAUGGGCAUUUACCUUUGAUUCAUCCAUUGAUGAUUAUUGCCUUCUCAAUGGUGGUAAUGAUGGUGGUCGUCUUAGCAAUUCUAAUGGAUCAUCAUCAUCAUCAUCAUCAGCAGCAAAUAAGAAAUAUUCGUAUUGUGUUCGAAUACGAAAAUUAUCCAAUACAAUCGUUGCUCAAUUAUCGGACAUGAAUGUUAUCUAUUUAUCAUAUCGAAAUGGGCAUCUUAUCGAAUUGAAUGAUGAUGAUGAUGAACCAUUUUUUGAAUUUGAAUCAUUGGUAAAACAUCUCAAUACAUUUGGUUCAAUCAGUUCGAUUACAUUUGAUAAUCAUAAUGGCAAUUAUUAUUAUAGUACACAUUCUAUUCGAUUAAAUCAGAUUUGUAUGACACGAAUUCAACAAGAUAAUGUUUUAUCGAUAAAGAAUAUGGCCAUACCAUUGUUGAAGAAUUUAUUCCGUAAUAAUCCAUAUCGAACCAAUUGUUUACGUUCACAUCGUUCAUAUAAUUCGUUAUUGAGUUACAAUGGUAAAAUCUAUGCUAUCGUGUUAGGAUUCGAUUCAUCAUCAAUACAUGGCUAUAUCGAUCAUAUUUAUCUGAAUCGUACGAAUCGAACGUUUGAAUUUAAAUUAAUAGAAACGAAUCUGGUAUUGAUUUACGAUGGUUAA